AACUGCGUCACAGGCCCGCUCCACGUCGUACUUCAUAAUCGUAAUAUUACUAGGUUCAAAAAUAUUUGCACGUUGGAAUACAAAAGAACCAUGGCAGACUUCCGCAUCUUGACCAAGACCAUGAAAAAGUAUAUAAAAGUACAGCACCACCUUUCCCAGAUCAUCCCGGGGGGGGAAGUUCCAGUCAAGUUUCUCCAAAUCGAAAGAAAUCUGAUCAGGUCCAUCUGCCCAGCGGACCCGACGCCCAAAACGGACCAGCUCCUGACAGGCAACGCUAAGAACUGGACGCACAGCAUAAUGCAGAUACUUCACAAGCACUACACGUUGAUGUCGAAGAAAUGUGAAGCUGAGCUGAAGACUGUGCCCAAGGACUCUUGGGAACGAGCGCUGGCCGUGGCCAGGCGCUGGGUCAAAAGAGAUUUCCGCUCACUCAACAAGCAAACCUUACAAGCGGCUACACAAAAAAUACAGGAAAUCAUGACCUGCCCAAAGGAAAUAACUCGCGCAACACAGACGGCAUGCGCAAAAUGCAUCAAACCUGAAGUGGAGGAACAACCAGUGAACAUAAAUGUCAAAGUGGAAGAGCGACCAGGAAACAUAAACCUGAAUGCGGAAAAACAACCAGUGAACAGAAAUGUGAAAGUGGAAGAACAACCAGUAAGCAUAAAUGUGAACAUGAAGGAACAGCCAGUGAACACAGUAAAAGGAAGACCAAAGCAUAAGAGGAAGAACAACCCACUGGUUGUUCUUCCUUGUAGUGACACUUGUCACUACAAGUGUUGACCAGUGCACUGUAGGAAGGUACUGAAUGGUCACUCUUAUUUUUCCCUGGAAGUUCCCAAUGUUUAUCUUCCCACAGUCUGGUUUCCAUUGUUCUUCGCACACAUGGUUGGCAUAUUCCCACUGUGCUAUACACUCCUCUGUGACAA